UGGGAUGUAAUGAACUGUCAGGUAGUAAAAAUGAUGAAAUCUAAUCUUUAGAGGAAGAAUCCAGAUCAAUCUAAGAAUUCUCUUAAAAUUCUCUCUUGGAAUGAAAUAUAUGAGAAAUGGCAGAAAGAAAGAAAAAAUACAGGGCAAAAGUGGCAUCUAACAGAAUUAAUAGAAAAAUUUAAACAGACAGAAUAAUUAUGCACACUUAGCACUGAAGAUUUUGUUUCCUUUAAAUUAAAUUUAGAAAAUUACUUUUAUACUAAAUUCAUCAUUAUGCAUAUUACAGAAAUUAUAGAUCAGAUUUAAGAUGAGAAAAGGAAAAACCAGAACUAUUAAAUAAAAAAUCAAAUGGUGCUCAAAUUUAUUUGA